AUGAGUGCGACCCUUCAGAUACACACUCCUUCGAACACACUCCUUCCUUCGCGCUGGGUUCUAUUCGGUCACAUCUUGCGCCGACCAUUUGACAACCCAGCCAACCUACACAUGAUGAACAACAUUGCCCCACGCCACGUCCGCAAGUGGCCUGGCCGUACCCUCACCUCUCUGCCAACCAUCCUCGACCAAGUCCUCCGCCGCUUGAACCACGUCCUGCGCGCCCAGUCGUUCGCGGAUACCCACCAACUUCGCCCGUACGCUCAAGAUAAAAGCAAGUGGCGCGACAUGGUCUGCCUGCUCCUAGAGCACUGCCACCCGCAGGAACUUCCCCAACCAGACAACGAAUUUGUUCCACGGAUGCGAAUUCAUUCAGGGCGCUGUGGCUGA